AUUUCGCGCCUGGCGGUGGCUCAGGUGACCAGGGACCGUCUGUGUGGAGGCACUGCCCUUCCACAGGGACCGCGCGGCCAUGAUCCAGAAUGUCGGGAACCACCUGCGAAGAGGCUUCGCCUCUGUGUUCUCCAGCCGCUUGGCCCGGAAGUCAGCCUCGCGUGCGGAGGCCAGCAGCAGCACCAUGGCCGAUGGUGAGGGGUACCGGAACCCCACGGAGGUGCAGAUGAGCCAGCUGGUGCUGCCCUGCCACACCAACCAGCGCGGUGAGCUGAGCAUUGGGCAGCUGCUCAAGUGGAUCGACACCACGGCCUGCCUGUCCGCGGAGCGGCACGCAGGCUGCCCCUGCGUCACAGCCUCCAUGGACGACAUCUAUUUUGAGCACACCAUUAGUGUUGGACAAGUGGUGAACAUCAAGGCCAAGGUGAACCGGGCCUUCAACUCCAGCAUGGAGGUGGGCAUCCAGGUGACCUCCGAGGACCUGUGCUCUGAGAAGCAGUGGGCCGUGUGCAAGGCCCUGGCCACCUUUGUGGCCCACCGGGAGCUCUCCAAGGUGAAGCUGAAGCAGACCGUCCCGCACACGGAGGAGGAGAAGACGGAGCACAGCGUGGCCGCUGAACGCCGACGCAUGCGGCUGGUCUACACGGACACCAUCAAGGACCUGCUGGCCAGUUUCCCCAUUCAGGACGAUCUGGAGAGCCGAGACUGUAGCAACAUGGUGCCGGCUGAGAAGACCCGAGUGGAGAGCGUGGAGCUGGUCCUGCCUCCCCACGCCAAUCACCAGGGCAACACCUUCGGGGGCCAGAUCAUGGCCUGGAUGGAGACCGUGGCCACCAUCGCAGCCAGCCGACUGUGCCGCGCCCACCCUACGCUGAAGGCCAUUGAAAUGUUCCACUUCCGGGGCCCGUCCCAGGUCGGGGACCGGCUGGUGCUCAAGGCCAUUGUGAACAACGCCUUCAAGCACAGCAUGGAGGUGGGUGUGUGCGUGGAGGCCUACCGCCAGGGGAACGAGACCCAGAGGCAGCACAUCAACAGCGCCUUCAUGACCUUCGUGGUCCUGGGCGAAGACGACCAGCCCCAGACACUGCCCUGGAUCCGACCCCAGGCCGGGGAAGGUGAGCGGCGCUACCGAGAGGCCAGUGCCAGGAGGAAGAUCCGCCUGGACAGGAAGUACAUUGUGUCCUGCAAGCAGGCGGAGAUGCCCCUUUCGGUCCCAUGGGACCCCUGCAACCAGGUGUACCUGAGCUACAACAACGUCUCCUCCCUGAAGAUGCUCGUGGCCAAGGACAACUGGACGCUGUCCUCAGAGGUCAACCAGAUGCGCCUGUACACCCUGGAGGACGACAAGUUCCUCUCCUUCCACCUGGAGAUGACCGUGGGAGUGGACGUGGCCCAGGCCUUCCAGCUGCUCUCCGAUCUGCACCGGCGGCCAGAGUGGGACAAGCACUACCGGAACGUGGAGCUGGUGCACCAGGUAGACGAAGACGACGCCAUCUACCACGUCAUCAGCCCCUCCUUGGGCGGCGACACCAAGCCCCAGGACUUUGUGAUCCUGGCCUCUCGGCGGAAGCCUUGUGACAAUGGGGAUCCCUAUGUCAUAGCACUGAGGUCCGUCACACUGCCUACACACUGCGAGACGCCCGAAUAUAAGCGCGUGGAGACCCUCUGCUCAGGAUUCUGCCUCUGGUGUGAGGGGGACCAGCUGAGCAAGGUAUCCUACUACAACCAGGCCACCACGGGCUUCCUCAACUACGUGACCACCAACGUGGCCGGCCUCUCCUCCGAGUUCUACACCACCUUCAAGGCCUGCGAGCAGUUCCUCUUGGACAACCGCAACGACCUGGUGGCUCCCAGCCUCCAGACCCUCUAGGCCCCUGGACCCACUGCCCCCAUCCUGCCCCAAGGACACCUGUGCAGAGUGGGCGGAUGCAGACAUGUAUUCCUUCCCGCCACUGCGAGCCCAGCGGUCCUGGCGGUCAGUUUCGGCCGAUGUCCUCCAGCAGCCGCCUGCGGAAACGCUGGGCCAGCUGGAAGUAGACCCGGGUUCUGUCCCCGGCCCUGGCUGCCAGCAGCCCUGCCUGGAUGGCCGCAUAGUUGUCCCUGCCGGGGCUGUGUGUCACGGUGACUGUGGCCCGGGGGGAGGCUGCCAGCAGCCUCGUCACAGCUCCCGCCCCACUCUGGCCCAGCAGCUCAGCCUGCAGCUGGAAGGACACAGGCUGCCAGAGCCCCCGGCACAGCGCCAGCAUGUCCGUGAUCAGCUGUUCUGUGUAACCGCUGCCCAGCAUCUUCUCAGGCCAGCUGGGGGCCACAGUCACGUGGGGGAAGACCUCGGCCACCGCAGCAAGAAACUCCCUGCCAGACACAUAGCCGGGGGCCUCAAAGCACCCGUGGGAAAGAGCGGCCCCCAGCCACACGGGCCGAGGCAGGCGGCCCAGGGCGGAGAGGCGGGCCAGCAGGGCCAGGGAGGGCUGGAGGGCCUCCGGCUGGGCUAUGUGCACGUGGACGCCCCAGUGUCCUGGCCGAGGGGCCAGCUGCAGCAGGCAGGACUCCAGGGUCAGGGAAGCGCCCCCUGGGACUCGGACGAUGGGCACAGGGUCCCCAGCAGCAAGUUCCUGGAGACUCGUGUUCAGCAGGACCAUCCCAUCUUUGUCUGGAGGGGGAAACGGGGUUA